AUGGAGCCCGGUGCCCCUAGGUCUUUAUGGAUAUACAGCUCGCUCGGCAUGAGAGGCUGCUCCUCGCCGCUCGGCCUCACUACCGGCGACGUCCUGGACUGGCAGAUCUCCGCCUCGUCGUCCUACCCGGCGACGUGGGACGCGGGCUGCCAGGUCAAGUACGCCCGCCUGCACCAGCCUAAUGGCCGGGCGUGGUGUGCCGGCAGGAGGGCCGCCGGCGAGUGGGUCCUCGUGAAUCUCGGUGUGCCGGCCAAGGUGACCGGCGUCCUAACGCAGGGCAAAGGGGACGACGAGGAGUGGGUGACGUCCUUCGAGCUUUCCUACUCCCUAGACGCCUACCACUGGCACUUCGCUCGAGACAUCUACAACAACAAAAAGACUGUGCUGAACGGUCUGAGGAGUGUGGGUGAUGGCACCACAGCCACGCAGCGCCGCCCCUCCCUGACAGCCCAAAGUCUGCUCGCGAAAGUCAAGACUUCGCUAGAUGCCCCCCCUUCACCCGGCUGCUGA